UUAAUAGAACAGCUAAACGUUGGUGGUCGUCUAAUUUGCCCUGUAGGUCCAGCAGGUGGACUUCAAGUUCUGGUUCAAAUUGAUCGUUUAUCAGAUGGUUCAUUCCAGAAUAAAACACUUAAGGAAGUUAUUUUUGUACCACUAACGGACAAAAAUUUACAAUUAAGACCAAG